GGACACGCGGACGUCGCUUCUACGUCAAUUCCAUACGUGGUGCAGAUUAGUUGAGGAGGUACGCCACCGUUUUGUUAAAAGGUUCUGUGAAAAUGGUCCGCAAGUUGAAAUUCCACGAGACUAAGCUCCUUAAGAAGGUUGAUUUCAUCAACUGGGAGGUGGACAACAACCUCCACGAGUUAAAAGUGUUGCGGCGGUAUCGCAUUGAGAAGCGAGAGGACUACACGAGGUACAACAAGCUGAGUCGCAAUGUCCGAGACCUGGCAGUCAAGAUCCAAGAUCUGAAUGAGAAAGACCCCUUCAGAGUGACCUGCACCCAGCAGCUACUGGAGAAACUCUAUGCUUUGGGCCUGAUUCCUACCAAGCAGAGCCUGGCACUCACAGAGAAGGUGACGGCCUCCUCUUUCUGCAGGAGACGUCUGCCCAGCAUCAUGGUGAAGCUGAGAAUGGCCCAGAACCUGAAGACCGCCAUCACCUUCAUCGAACAAGGCCAUGUGCGUGUCGGGCCAGAGAUCAUCACGGACCCCGCCUUCCUAGUCAGCAGGAACCUUGAAGACUUCAUCACUUGGGUGGACUCGUCCAAGAUCAAGCGUCACGUGAUGGAGUACAAUGAGCUGCGUGAUGACUUUGACCUUGCCUCCUGAGGUUGGCCCGCCGGCAGCAUCUCACCAUGGUUUGCCCACCUGGGUGUGGAUCUUCUCCCCCCCUUUUUUUUUCUUUUUUUAUAAAGCCAGAAGCCGUUAAGUGCAGAGACCUCAACCUGUCUGGGGUGGCAGACACACAAGUUUUUAAUUUAACAGAAGGAAACAGAACUAAAGAUGGCUGACCUACUCCUUGGUGUGGUUGAUACCCCACCCCACCCUUGCCUUCUAUGUCCCUCACACUGAGGUUGUAACCUCUGGCACACCUGUGUGCCCACAGUAUCGAGCAAGUCAGUCUUCAGCGAUAUGGCACCCACAGGGGCACAUUGUCUCUGGUAGAGGGGGCCUGACAACAAAGCCAAAAGCAACGCCGCACAAACCCAUGGGUGUUCAUAGCCACCAGAAGCGCACGUAGACGAUGAGCAUCACGAAGAAGACGGCUACCGCUGCAAGCUUGGCGUACGUAGAGCGUGUAUUCAGGUACUUGGCAUCGGUCCGGUACUUCUUGGAUAGACUGGACAAGUUGCUGGCCUUCGAAUCCAAAGCUGCAAAACACAAAGACCAAAUUUCAGAGAGGGCUCGGGGUGGGUUUCAUUCUAAGUUGUGGUCGUCUUCCAAGAUGUGAGAGGACCUCAGCCUGUAACUGGUAGCGAGUCAAACAAAGAGCCCACUGCCAUGAGCAGCCUGGAAAAGUUGCCACAAAGUGAAUGGCACUCCAAGUUGGUAUAGAAAGGCAGAAGGGGGGUACGUCUUCGUCUCGGUGUGUAAAUAGUCUGAUGUUUCACCUUGUAAAAUAGUUUUAAUAAAACUGAAAUGCCAUUACUGGUGUCAGCAAGCAAAA